AUGGGCUGCACGACCUCCCACGACGCCUUCGCGGCCGCCGCGUCCAGGGCGCGGCGGCGCGCGACGGGCCACACCCACGCCACCUCCUCCUCGUCCGCGUCGCGGCGGGCGCGGCGGGACCCCGCGGCGGUGUGCCGGGAGCGCGCGGCGCUGAUCCGGGCCGCGGCCGACCGGCGGUUCGCGCUGGCCGCGGCGCACGCGGCCUACUUCCGCUCCCUCGCCGCCGUCGGGGGCGCGCUCCGGCGCUUCGCGGCCGCCGCGCUCCUCCCCGCCGACCCCGCCUCGCCCGUGCUCACCCUCCCGCCGUCCCCCGCCAAGCCGGUCUCCACCCUCCCGCCGUCCCCGUCCGGGUCCUCCUCCACCGUCUCGCCGCUCUCCCACUCCCUCUCCGACGACGACGAGGACCUCCACGCGCUCGACCACUCCAGGCGCUCCCGCGUCCGCAACGCGCCGCCGCCGCCCCAACAGCACCGCCACUACAUGCGCAACUCCGCCACCGUGCCCAACGUGGUGUACGAGGACCCCUACGCCGAGUACGCCGAGGCGCAGACCGGCUACGGCGCGUACCCGUACGGGCCCCACGGCGACGUGGACAGGAGGCCCCCGCCCACGCCGCCGCCUCCGGAGCCCGCGGCCUCGGCCUGGGACUUCUUCGACCCCUUCACGCCCUACGACCAGUUCCUCGAGGACUACUCCCGCGGCAAUGGCGGCGGGAUCAGCUGGAACUUGCCCGCCAGCAGCCCCAAUUACGCCGAGCUGAGGCGGAUGGAGGGGAUCCCGGAGCUCGAGGACGAGGCGGAGCUGGAGGCCAAGCCUGCUGCUCCGGCGGCUUCAAAGCCAUCCGCAACCUCGUCGGCCGUUGAAGAUGAGAAUGUCAAGGGGAAGAGACCAGUUCCUGCCACCAAUGCCGCUUCUUCUGAGGCGAAGCUGCAGAGCAAGAGACCAUCCAGUCCCAGGGGCGGGCCAUCGGAGGUGAAGAUGCAGAGCAAGGGACCAUCAUCCGGUGCCAAUGCCGAGCAUUCUGAGGCGAGGCUGCAGAGCAGGGGUUCAUCCGGUGCCAAGGGCGGGCCAUCUGAGGUGAAGAAGGGACCAUCAUCCGGUGCCAAUGGCGAGCAUUCUGAGGCGAGGCUGCAGAGCAGGUUAUCAUCGGGCCACCCGAAGGGCGAGCAUUCUGAGGUGAAGCUGCAGAGCAGACCAUCUGGUGCCGAUGUUGAGGCAGAGAAGCUGGUCUCAGCGCGGAGCAAUGCCAGCUCGAAGAGCAAGAAAGGGGGCAGCAGCGAUGCGGCAAGCUUGAAGGGCAUGGGCAGCGGUGACAUUGACGGCGGCAGCUCCACCGCGAAGAAGAAGAAGGGUGUGGCAUUUGAUAAGGAUGUGUCGACCGUCGAUGCAUAUGGGGAAGAGGGGAGCCACAGCAAGCCAGCGCAUCCAGCUAUGACCGUGAGCAGCGAGUCCUUCUCGCCGUUGCAUAGCGGAGACAAGGAUGUCAUGGAGGCGAUGGAGGAUAUCAAAGCGCGUUUCGAGGAGGCGGCGGACUGUGGCGAUGAUGUCUCCAGGCUCCUUGAGGUGGGGAAGGUGCCUCAUCGGGCAACACCCAAAGUUCUUAGAUAUUUCUCUUCUACCGUGUCGUCCGCUCACUGCCUCCCCAGGCGACAAAGGAACUCAAGGUUGCCGAGCACGGCAUCUUCGGCCAGUGGUAGAAGAAAUCCCGACUUGAAUCUGUCGUCGACUCUCGAGAAGUUGUGUCUCUGGGAGAAGAAGCUAUACCAGGAGGUUAAGGAUGAAGAGAAGCUGAGAAUCGUGUAUGAAAAGAAGUACAGGAGGCUCAAGUCACUGGACGAGCGAGGAGCACAGCCAGAAGCAAUUGACCCCAUCAGAUUGUCUGUGCGGGACUUGAGGCAAAGGAUCAGCAUCAACAUCAGGACAGCCAAGGCCUUCUCAUCAAAGAUUGAGAAGAUUCGAGAUGAAGAACUAUACCCUCAGCUUGUUAAUCUCAUCCAAGGAUUGCGAAGAAUGUGGAAAGCAGUUCUGGAAUGUCACGAGAGGCAGCUAUCAGCCAUAAGAGACAGCCGAAUCCACUUGCUCAAGGCAAGGACCAUAAGCCAAUCCAGUGCUGCUGCAGUGGCCACACUGGAGCUGGAGCGGGAGCUCUCGAAAUGGUACCGCUGCUUCAACAAGUGGAUCAGCACCCAAAGGGCUUACGUGGAGGCACUGAACGGAUGGUUGAGGAAAUGGUUCCCCGAGGUACAAGAGGAGCUAGAUGCACCAGACGGCGCCCCGCCUUUCUCCCCUGGCAAGCUCGGCGCCCGACCGAUAUUCAUCAUAUCAAACGACUGGUUCCGAGCGAUCGAGCUGGUCCCCAAGAAUGACACGCUCAAGUCGAUCGACUAUUUCUCCAAGCUUGUCCACGAGUUCAGGAGGAGCCAGGAGGAUGAGCACCGGCAGAGGAGGAGAGCCGACCACGCCUCCAGGGACUACAAGAGGAAGCGUGAGGUUCUGCAGAGAGAACUAGGAGUAAGUAGCAGUACCGAUAUGGUUGCCGCGAUGGAGCACGCUCCCCCUGGCCAUGACGACCGCGUGGUUGAGCUGCAGAAGAUGAGGAAGAGGCGGGACGACGAGAGGGCCAGGCACGAUGAGGUGAUGAAACAUGCUCAUUUUGCAGCUGAGGCUACUCUGCCGGUUGGUUUCCUCCCUCUGAUGGAGCAGAUGGUCAGCUUCUUCCAGAGCAAUCUGCAAGUCUACAUGCACAUCAGAAUCAAUGGCACCUAAGCUUGCAGGCGGCCUACAAUGAAUCUGUGGUUUACGGCAUGUUUUUGCAGAGGAUAGUUUUGUGAUUGAGGUGGUAGAGGUGAGGUAGUGCUGGAAAUUUUGUGUACAGAUCAUUGGUUCAAUUCGGCGGUUUAGGCUUACUUGCUAGGAUGCUUACGGUGGUUGCUAGAAUGUUAGUGUUUUACAAAGAUUUUUACUGAUGAUUUGACUCAUUCCUCUGUAGAGGGGAUGGGGGCUACAGAAGUUUCAGUUUCAGCUGGUUCCCGUUCAUCUUGUACAUGACACUUCACCUACUAAUUCAUGUUUAGUUUU